AUGGUCCAGGUUCCAGUCCCCAUGAUGAAUCUGGAGGAUGAUUUCUACACCUAUCACAAUGACCAGCUGAACACGACGGUCCUUCAGCCCCUUCUCCGCUCCUACUCCAUGCUGCUGAUGUUGCCUGACGUCAUGGCAACACUGGAGAAUGCCAUCUGCCCGAACCACUGUAUAUAUUCAAAGUUCUCCAUCAAGACUUCCUACAACCUCAACGUUGUGCUGUCAGAAAUGGGAAUGACAGACAUGUUUGGUGAUCGUGCAAAUUUCAGCGGCAUUUCAGAGGAGCAAGGACUGGCAGUCUCAGAUGUUGUGCACCAAGCUUCGCUGGGCGUGGACGAGAGAGCCACCGCUGCUGCCGCCACAGGCAUCAGCAUCGGACUGACUGCCAUCCGGUUCCCUGUCCCUGUGUUGAAGUUCAAUCGUCCAUUCAUGGUCAUCAUCACUGACCUUAACACUGAGACAAUCCUCUUCUUGGGAAGGAUUAUCAACCCACCCAAGUGAUGAUCGUCACUUGGUUUGCUCAAGCACAGCCAUUGCAUCUCAUAUAAAGGAAUCAGAAAAAAA